AUGAAUUGUCUGUUUAUGUUCAAGUCCAAGAAACCCAAAGACAUAAGAGGGAGAGAGUUCUUACAAAAUUCAGCACCAGAACUAACAAGGAGAAGGGACAACGAGACCAGUUCUUUGUCUUUCAAUCUACCAACAGCAAGAUCUUUGCCAUCUCCAGCAAGUAUCAGAGACUUGCACACACAGAGAGAACAAAACCAGAAUCUGAGGGUUUUCUCUUACAAGGAACUCAGUGACGCCACGUGUGGGUUUAGCAGAGAGCUUAAGAUCGGAGAAGGUGGCUUUGGUAGUGUUUACAAAGCCACCAUUCACAGUCCCACCGGAGGAGAUUCUCACUCUUCACCACUUACCGUCGCCGUUAAGAAACUCAAUCGACAAAGUCAACAGGGGCACAAGCAAUGGCUAGCAGAGGUUGAAUUGUUGGGCGUAGUGAAUCACCCCAACGUAGUGAAGCUCUUAGGGUACUGCUCAGAGGACUCAGAGAGGCUUUUGGUUUACGAGCUGAUGUCUAAUCUCAGCUUAGAGGAUCAUCUCUUCACUCGAAAACCACCAACUCUGCCGUGGAAACAAAGGCUUGAGAUCAUUCUUGGUGCAGCUCAAGGAUUGGCUUAUUUGCACGAAAUCCAGGUUAUAUACAGAGACUUCAAAACAUCAAAUGUGCUUUUGGACGAUGACUUUAACCCGAAGUUAUCUGACUUUGGUCUCGCUAGAGAAGGUCCCGAAGGAGAUAAUACUCACGUUACAACCGCAAGAGUCGGAACAAACGGAUAUGCAGCUCCAGAGUACGUAGAAACUGGUCAUCUCAGGACACAAAGCGAUGUCUAUAGCUUUGGAGUUGUUCUCUACGAGAUCAUCACUGGUCGUCGCACAAUCGAGCGAUUGAAACCUUUGGCUGAACAGAAGCUUCUUGAAUGGGUUAAACUACAUCCUGCUGAUAGCAAAAGCUUCAGAAUGAUCGUCGACUCUAGGCUACGAAGCAAGUACCAUGUUGCUAUGGUCAGGAGAGUGGCUAAACUGGCUGAUCAUUGCCUGAAGAAGAACGAUAAAGAGAGACCAACCAUGGCCUUUAUCGUUGAAACUCUUAGGAACAUCAUUGAGGAUUCAGAUUCCGGAAAUGUGACAAGUUCUGUAGUAGAAUCGACGACGAGAGGGGCUUUUAGAGCCUAA